UUUGCAUCCCUGGUUAUUUCGUUUAUCUGUGAAAUUCAUUUAUUAAAGGUAAAUAGUUGCCAUGUGCAGCAUCGGCGAAGAUGAUUUUGGAGACGAGGGAGCCGCCCACGCCAUGGUGGCGGAAUCCCUGCCAUCGGGAAUCGUCCUCAGCCCAGGGGAUUGCAACAAAUGCGGAGUAACCUCCAGCGAACUCUACAAACUCAACUUCCGGACAGCGGAGUGCCGUGACUGCUUUCUGGCGUACGCGAGGCACAAGUUCCGGGCAGCGUUGGGUGCAGCCAAGAUCCUGCCCAGAAACGCCGAGGUUCUCCUAGUUCUGGACGGCACUGCGGAGUCCCUCGUGCUCCUGGACAUGCUACACUUCGCACAAACUCAAAACACGUUCAAAAGACUUCAUUGCAAUGCACGUGUGGUCUACGUGGAGGAUCAGCAGGUGCAGGGGCGUGAUCCUGUGGACAUGGAAGCGCUCCAGAGCCUAUCCGCACAAUAUGCACCCUUUGAGUUCCAUGUGAUUGAGCUGGGGUCCUUGCCCAACUCCCUGCAGAGGAUCAAGGACUACAAUACUUCCCCCAAAGAAACCAACGUGCUUGACCAGAAGCUUAAGAAAUUGCGUAGUCUGACAGCUCGCCAGGAUUACCUGCAGCAGCAGCGCAAGAAUCUGAUUGCUUCGGUGGCGCAGGAGCUGCAAUGCACUCAUGUCUUUGAGCCCAGCAUAAGUGUGGAUUUGGCCACCCAGCUGCUGACUGCGAUAGCAUUGGGACGUGGAGGCAGUGCCGCAUUGGAUGUGGCUCUUCUUGACGAUCGGCUGGCUGGCGAUGUCAAAUUGUUGCGACCCCUCAAAGAUCUAAACGAGCAGGAAAUUCAAUUUUAUAUACAUGCCCAGCGACUGAAGAUACUUAUGCAGAGUGGCUCACGUUAUGGCCAGGAGCGUGGACAGACUGCCAGUCUACAGAACCUCACGACCGCCUUUGUGGCUAACCUGCAGCAAAACUAUGCUUCCACCGUGUCCACAGUGUUUCGUACUGGAGACAAAAUAGCCGUCAAUGCCCAUCCGGAGCAGACCUCUUGUGUUCACUGCCAGUCUUCUCUGGAUUCCACACUUUCCGACACUCUGCUGGCCAUCGAGUACUCUAGAUCCGUUUCAGAGGCCGGUGUGGGUCUGUACAAAAACGGAGAAGACCUCGAAGGCUUGGCCAAGAAGCGACUGCAGUCGGAGGACGGCCUGUGUCACGCCUGUCGCGGUAUACAGGCGGAAUUGGAGAGCGCUUGGUGUUAACAAGUGGCUGGAGUGGCAAAUGACCAUCGCAGGGCGGGACAUUGGAAGCCAGCACGACGUGGUGAAAAUCGUAGACUAUGUAGCGAUUGUAUUGCUUGGCCUUUCG